AUGGAGGGAAAUAAUCUCCAAUUACGAGUCGCGACCCCCGCGAUAACCGAUUCGACCCCCCUCGGAACCUCGACAUCACCCGGUUUGGCCACAUCGGAUGUCGCAUCAGGCUCAGCGCAUAGUCUUCAAGAUGCCCGGAAUCCCCGUCGCUCGGUUAUUGGUAGCUCUUUACGAGAUUCGGCCUCGAAUACCCCACACGAGAAAAUCGAAGCAAAUGCCAUAGAUCCAUUAUCGCAGCAAUAUACCGUUAUAAUACCAGCGACUGACCUGUGGUUUGCUCGUCUCGACUACAGAAAAGGUGUCUCUUUCCUCAGCCGGAUUAUUGGAACCAAGAAGAAAGAUCAGCCGAUUGAUACGGACGAUGAAACGUCAGAACCCGAGGCGCACCGCAUGUCCGUUGACACUUCGCAUCCAAUUGGAUUUAUACCUCGGCACCCUCCUCCGGCUAAAUAUUUGAAGGUGCGAGCCCAUUAUAAAAAGGAUAAGACUUUCAACCGCGUGUUUCUAGCCCAGGACCUGGAGGGCAGCGGUCCAUCGCCCAACCCCGUGGAUAGACGGAUAUCUACGUCCUCGGCUUUGCAGAAUGGCGAUCACACCGGAAAGGCCGUCUGGGCACUCACGUUUUCGAAAGAUGGUAAAUAUCUCGCGGCCGCUGGCCAGGACCGGAAGGUUCGAGUAUGGGCUGUGAUCGCGACGCCAGAUGAGCGGGAAGAUGCCAAUGGGGACGAGGAGUCAACACCCGUAGACGCACAAGAUCAGUCCGGCCUCAGGGCGCCUGUGUUCCAGCCGGAGCCCGUUCAGGUGUAUGAGGGACACACUGGAAGUAUAUUGGACCUGAGCUGGAGUAAACACAGUGAUUUCGUGACUUCGAUUCAAUUCCACCCGCGUGACGACCGCUUUUUCCUUGCUGGCUCUCUUGAUACGAAACUACGACUCUGGAGUAUCCCGGAUAAGAGCGUGGCUUUUGCGACUGCUGUGCCCGAUAUGAUCACUGCAGUGGCAUUUACCCCAGAUGGUCGAUACUCUAUUGCCGGAUGUUUGAAUGGUAUGCUCAACGUCUAUGAUACUGAGGGCCUAAAAGUAUCAGCCCAGAUUCAUGUACGAUCGGCCCGUGGGCGCAAUUCCAAGGGCAGCAAAAUCACUGGAAUCGAUACAAUGACGGUCCCCAGAGAUGAUGCUAAAGAUGAAACCGAUAACGAUAUCAGGUUACUAGUCACUAGCAACGACUCCCGCAUCAGGCUGUAUGACUUCCAUUCUCGGUCGUUGUUGGCUAAAUUCCGCGGUAACGAGAACACCUGCAGCCAAAUUAGAGCUACAUUCACCAAUGAUGGCAAGUACAUCAUCUGUGGGAGUGAGGAUCGCAGGGCAUACGUGUGGCCUGUCGGAUCAGUGCAACGAGAUUCUGAAAAGCAGCCUGUGGAGGUAUUCGAGACACAGUCUGCAAUAGUAACAGCUGCAAUCAUGGCACCGAUUCAAACGAAACAGGUUCUGGCGCUAUCAGAAGAUCCAAUCUACGACAUCUGCAACCCACCACCGGUAGCCCUCAUGGGUCCGGAUCCAACAGGCCCAGGCAAAGAGAAUGGAAAAUCCCACAAGCGCUCUACAUCAGCACCUCGGUUAUCCAUCGUCAGCAAAAUGGCCCACGACUCACCCUUGUACCUCACACGGUCCAAACAUCCAGGCGGAGAGAUCAUCGUGAUCGCCGACUACUCGGGCAAGAUCAAAGUCCUCCGACAAGACUGCGCGUAUCAAAAGCGACGCUACGAAAACUGGGACACCAACUCGACCAUCUCACGACGGAUUUUAGGCCGCUCCAAUUCCGCACGCCGCAGCGCCACCUCUUCAACCGGAAAAGAAUCUACCCACAAAACCCCCUCCGAGCGGAUCGUCUCAUGGCGUAACUCCGUCGUCCGACACGCCCGCUCCAGCACCGAAGGAUCCCGCUCCGGCCUCCAAACCCGCAGUCCAUCCCCCCAAAGCCGCCCAGCGACGAUCAGACUAGCUUCCUCUCGACCAUCAAGUGUCGGCCCCCACGAAUCAGUGUCCAUCGUCACUACAUCCCCACCCCCGUCGCCGCAUCUACAAGGCGGAGAUAUGGCCCGGACAAAUGAAACAAACAACGGCCGUGCAAAUGCCCCCAAACCCGCCUCAUCUACAGACCUCUUAGCUAGCAACAAAGCACCGGACAACCCGCUCUGGCUACAGGGAGAUCGCAGCUACGCUUACUGGAACAAGAUUACGCACGACGCGUUGGCCAUGCAGUCCCGGAACUCAAAUGACUUUCUCAAACCGGAUCGAAUCCCGUCGCGUGGGAUGAGUGAUGGUACCAGUGUGCUGAGUAGCGACUAUAGCAACUCGACGGGUGAUGCAGAGGAAGACGUUCUGAAGUGCGAUAGUUGUCAUGGGACGAGUUUCCGCCGUGUUAAGGGAAGGGAUGGGAAGCAGAAGCUUAUUUGUUCGGAGUGUCAUCGGCCUGUUUCCUGA